CCCAUAGUUAAUUUCUAAAACCACUGUGGCCUCAUAAGUCAAAUAAUGAGAAAUGUCCAUAUUUUAUGUGUCACAAUUAAAGUUCCAAUGUGGUGUUUACAUUUCGUGUUCCUAGUCUUCCAGCUGCUCUCAGUUCUGCUUCAGAACCAUUAACCUUUUAAAAACAUGAUAGGGCAGGAGUGCACAAGCCAGUCCACAUACUGUACACACUCAAUUACGUAAUUGAAGCCUUUUAACCUAAUUCCAGAUAUAUAUUUAUUAUCAAUUUAUUAAGACACUGCCAAUCUGUGAGAGGGGUGUUGCAGUUUGCAGUAUUUUAUUUGUGUUUUGUUAAGUUUUGUUCUGUUAAGUGUGUCAAGGCGCUGAACUGCAGUUACUGCCUCUGUUUUGCUAUUCCUUCCACUGCCUAUUUUAAUCUUUCACUUCCCUUCUAACACCAUGCUGGGGUGUUGCUUAAAUUAAGACGAAGUGUCCUUCUAAACCACCAACACAACAUGCACUUUGUCUUCCGAUAUGAGGAGAUCGGAAUGCAAGGUAAGGAUCGUUAUGUAAACAAGUGUAUGUUCCUGGAUGGUACAGUGCUUUACAGGGAGGUAAAUCUGGUUCUCAAGGUCCAGCGUCAUCAAGGCUUUAUGGGUAGCAUUAUAUAAUUAACUGAUUAAGAUAUUCCACACACUCGACUUUUAAUGUAGAAUAAUAAUUUUAUUGAUCUGCACCUUAGCUUUACCACAGUCUUUCUUUUGCAAAUGUUUCAAUUAGUUAUUUACAAUAUUGACCUAUGUCCCUUACUUAAGUUGCUCAUUAACAGCUUGCAUACAUAUUUAAACUAGAAAACUAUUGCCAGACAAUGCAAAACCAGUUUAGCCAGGUACCUGUUUAGUUGCACUAGCAUUUCAGGCACAGAAUCUCUCAGGAAGAUGCAAUCCAGCAGCUGGAAGUUCCCUACUGUGAUACUUUGUGUGUAUGGAUUCUUCUCCACUAUGAGGCCUUCGGAACCAUUCCUUACACCAUACCUCACAGGUCCUGACAAAAACUUGACCAUAGAGGAGGUCACAAACAACAUUUUUCCAGUCUGGACAUACGCAUAUCUGGCGAUCCUAUUCCCGGUUUUCUUGGCCACUGACUAUUUAAGAUACAAACCUGUCAUUAUUUUACAAGGGCUCAGCUUCAUCGUUGUAUGGGUGAUGCUCCUGUUUGCACAAGGAGUGCUGGCAAUGCAGUUCAUGGAGUUCUUUUUUGGCAUGGUGACAGCCACCGAAGUGGCAUAUUUCUCAUACAUUUAUAGUGUUGUCAGCAUUGACCGCUACCAGAAAGUGACCAGUUACUGCAGGAGCAUCCAGUUGGUUGCUUUCACAGUUGGUUCAGUGCUGAGUCAGCUCUUGGUUUCCUUGGGAGGACUUUCCUAUUUUUAUCUCAAUGUCAUUACCUUAGCCUCGGUAUCUGUGGCAUUCAUCUCCUCUUUUUUUUUGCCAAUGCCCAAGAAGAGUAUGUUUUUCCACAGAAGAGUUAGUGAAAUCCCUGCAGGUGAAGAAGAUGCACAGCCAUGUCCACCACAUGUUCUUCCAAAGGGCCCUGUCAAAAACUCGCAUGAGAGCGCCAGCAUGCCAGCAGACACUCCAAAUAGUAGUACAAAGAAAGAAGAUGCUCGUUUUCUAAAGAUUCUUGUGCAGUUGUGGUUUGACUUCAUUACAUGUUAUUCCACAAAACGAGUCCUGUAUUGGUCCUUAUGGUGGGCCCUGGCCACAUGUGGUUAUAAUCAAGUUGUGAACUAUAUCCAAGUGCUGUGGACCCAUGUAGAACCUUCUCUAAAUUUCACAGAAUACAAUGGUGGAGUGGAAGCAGUAUCAACUCUGUUGGGUGCAGCCACAUCUUUUGCAGUUGGCUAUACAAACAUUGAAUGGGCUGUCUGGGGGGAGCUGGCUCUGGGCACAUUCUCUGCACUAGACGCUGGUUGUCUUUAUCUAAUGACCUUCACUAGCAGCAUCUGGGUGUGCUAUGUAGGCUAUGUGGUAUUCAAGUCCUUGUACAUGUUGCUCAUAACCAUAGCCACGUUUCAGAUUGCUGCUAACCUAAGUAUGGAAAGAUAUGCACUGUUGUUUGGGGUUAAUAAUUUUGUGGCCCUAGCACUCCAGACAAUUUUAACAAUAACUGUUGUAGAUGCUAGUGGUCUUGGCUUAAGCAUUGUUACACAGUUCCUUAUAUAUGGAAGCUAUUUUGCAGUCAUUGCCAUCAUAUUCCUAAUAAGAGGGACAUACACUGUGAUUACUGAAAGAUGUAAACACAAGAACCACGUUCAGCCUGAAACCAAUGACCAGCACCAAAGUGGAGGAGCUUCGAAAUGCCUUGAGCAUGAUGACUCAGUAAUACUCCAUAAGAAUACUAAACUCUGAAAUACAACUCAGGAGGCUAUGUGCUCCAGUGGUUAAAGUAAAUGGCUUGUAACCAGGAAGUCCCCGGUUCAAAUCCUACCUCAGCUACUGACUCAUUGUGUGACCCUGAGCAAGGCACUUAACCUUCUUGUGCUCUGUCUUUCGGGUGAGAUGUAGUUGUAAGUGAUUCUGUAGCUGAUGCAUAGUUCCCACACCUCUAUAAGUUGCCUUGGGUAAAGGCAUCUGCUAAAUAAACAAAUAAUAAUUAUGAUUGAAUGAAAUCACAAUAUAUUUAGAAAUUACUUUUAAAACAUCUCCACUACUCCGUACCUUAUGUGUACUACAUACUGUUGCAGAUUUCUUUUAAAAUACAAUUACAUUUUGUUUUGAUAUUUUGUAUCCACAUGUCCUUCCUUUGUCACUUAUUAAAAAACUGCACCAAUUGGAAGUAAUUUCCUGCCCAAUCUCAUGAAACUCUCCUGAUGCUUUGCUGGAACCAGUAUUUACCAUCCAUAUGUAUUUUACCAAGAAUGAAUGCAUUUUUAUAUUAUUUUUUACAAACUGUAUUGUUAAACCCGCGACCCUCAGCAGAAGCGGAAUGAUAAUGGAUGGUUGGAUGUAUGUAUUGUUAAACUAUUAAUGUGCAUAAUGGUAUUUUCUUGACCAGGUUGCCCAUGUUCUUUACCUUUUUACGUGGGUAAAUAAUGAAAUAGAUUGAUAGACUGAUCUGAACACCACAUUGUCAUGUAUUUGUUAAAUUUGAAGUAAUUCAGUCUCAGCUAUUGUUAUUAAAAAUAAAUAAAUAAAUAAAUAAAUAAAAACACAA